CGCGGCGGAGAUGAGAGGGGCGGCGGGAAAGGCGGCGGCGGCGGCGAGCGGAGGGUGGGGCACCACCGGCAUAGCAACUCGAUGGACGGGUCUUCGACGACGUCGUUUGAGGCGGACUCGGUGAUGAUGGAUGGUGUGAAGAAAGCUAUGGCUCCGGAGAAACUCGCUGAGCUUGCUCUUAUUGAUCCUAAGAGAGCUAAAAGGAUUCUUGCUAACAGGCAAUCUGCUGCUAGAUCUAAGGAGAGGAAGAUUCGUUACACAAGUGAGUUGGAGAGGAAGGUGCAGACGCUUCAGACCGAAGCAACUAACCUUUCUGCACAGCUUACCAUGCUUCAGAGAGACACUACAGAUUUGACAGCCGAGAAUAAGGAGCUCAAACUGCGUUUAGAGGCUUUGGAGCAGGAAGCGCAGCUUAGAGAAGAUCUCAAUGAGGCAUUGAAGGAAGAACUGCAACGCCUUAGGGCACAAAGUAGUCGUUUGGGUGCUAUUGCUGGUAACCCUUCUUUUGGUGGGUUAUUCAACCAGUUGGCUUCCCAGCUAGCCAUGCAACAGUUGACUAAUUCUGCACCUCAGCAGUCACAACACCAGCCACAGGUUGGCAUGCCUCCUCCUCCCUCUGGACAGAAUCACCCUAACUUCAUGGACUUCAAUCAGCAUAAUAACAGCAGUAAAUGAUUUGGUUACAUGCAACAUUCAUCACAAGUAACAUCUUGUGCGUAUAUAUGUGAAAUUGGUGAGACUUGUGAAGGGUAUCUGUGCAGUUCAGUGUCCUUAGUCUUGUAUUGUGUUUAUCUUCUCUAGUUGUAGAAUAGAACUGUACUCCUUUGUGUACUCUCUUCAGUCAUAGGUUAGAAGCACAGUCUUUGAAAUAUGUGUUAUAGCUCUUGGGUGAAUCAAGGUAACAUAACGAUGUAGAAAUACUAAUUAAUAAUACUAUAGAUGGUGAAUAAAGUUUAUUAAUUAGCUUCUGUGAUUAAA